CCCCUAGGUGCGUGACGUCAUUCAUGGACGGCCCCUAUGACUUCACCACUAGUUCACUGCACGUGGAAUGUCACCCCCCAUCGCCGUUCACACACAAACCCGUGGCUUUCACCCAAUGGGCGCGUCGCGUUCUUCACGUUAGUGACCGACUUCCGAGCAACAGUUGCCGACGUUGCCUGGAAGUGACCCCGUCAGGUGACGCAGCACGACUCGGUCGGGGUAUAAAGCAGCGAUGUCCCUGGGGGGCGCCACAGCCUCCACGCGGUUUGAGGUUCGGCGACACGAGACUCCUGCGCUUGCCACCACGGACAUCAAACACCGAGAAAAACAUCCUCCCGUGUGCCCCGACUGGACCGACUGGACGACCGAGUGAACUUCAAUGAUGGCGUCCAGCAUUGAACUCGAUCGGUUCUACAGCGAAGAGGUUGAGUUUCCACCUCGGCUGCUCGCUUCCCACAUCGACACUGCCGAGCGCGAGGUUCGUACACUCCUGGCGGGGAUGAGAAGCAUUCAGCGGCCAAACAUAGAUCCCUCGAUUGAAUAUGACAUCGUUCAGACCGGCAGCUCGUAUGAAGGACUCAAAGUGAAGGGGGAUAUGGAGCUGGAUUUCAUGAUCGUUCUCUCUCACCCGGAAUUCAAGUUUAUCCCCAUCACCUCAGAUUACAGUGGCUAUCGUAAAAUAGAAGUAGAACGACAAUUUGAACUGCAAGCUAAUUGGCGAAAAACAGGUCCCCCUCACUCAUUUCAAAAGGACUUUAGCAGCAAUGGAUACCUGAUACCAUCAAAAAUAUAUCAGUGGUUUCAGUCAUUAGCAGACAGAGCAGUCAUUGAAAACAAGUCUAAAUUUGUUAAAAAGUUUGUAGGCAACUUUCCAGCCCGUACGCUCAUUUUAAAUAUUUGGCCCGAUGUUGAAAUCUGCGUGGACCUGGUCCCAGCGAUCACCAUUGACAGAGACCUCUUCGUGGUGGCCAAACCCUUGAAGACAUCCCCAGAUCUCUGGAGGCUGUCGUUCUCCGUCUUCGAGAAAAACAUCCUCAGCCCGCUUCCAAGCCCCUCCUGCCACCUGAAGGCCCUGAAGAUCCUCAAGUACCUGCGGGAGCACGACACUCGGCUGGAGGAGACGUCUCAGUUCGCGAGUGGACUCUGCUCGUACCACCUGAAGACGGCCUCCCUCCACCUGCUCGAGCAGAGGCCAUACACCCAGGAGGGCCUGCACGAGCACCUGCACCAGCUGAUGGACUUCCUCAUUGAGUCCAUGCAGGGAAGGGAACUCAACCACUUCUUUAUGGGGAAUCCAUCGAGCCUGGCGACGAAGGCGAAAGUGCCCAGCAGCAUUACCAAAGAAAAGCUCCGCCUCAAUCUCUUCGGUGACACAUUUAUGAAUGAGAGUACCCUGAACCAGGCGAGGGAGAGACUCGUCAGGAUUAAACGCUCUCUGCCUGCCGUAAUCCAACAGCAUUCUGGCCCUGGUGCUUAUAGCUGUAAUAUUUAUUAAGCGCUCCACCUGUGACGGGUCUAAGACGUGUCAGGUUUUCGCAGCCAAUAUUACAAUUCAUGAUUAAUUUUCGGGUUCGGCUACGUGAUGAUGUGACCGAUUUUUUGUUGUUAAGACCCUCCACCACCCGACACGGCCAAUCAUUACAUUGUCACGUGGUGCACAAGUGUUCAAUGUUUAUUCUUGGUUCUUUCAGUAAAGUAACGUAGAAGGGAAAUAAUAAAGUAAUAAAAAUAAAACAGCUAAAUUAU